AUGAAGACGACUUUCUUCCUCGCUCUGCUCUCAACGGCGGUCUCAUUUGCCGCUGCUGAUAUCGUCAUCACGCCGGUAUUCGCAGACCAGAUUGUGCAGAAGCAAUCUGGAGACUGCUUCUUUGGCGUUGUAACACCUCAGGGAUGCGCACCCCAACGAGGAUAG